GUGAGAUCAAUAAAGUCUGAUUAGUUUGCUGACUCACAGCAGGUGUGCUGCCUCUCCCUCCUCCUCUUUUUCUUUUGCAGAGUUUUGAUAACCUCAGUCUACAGUUGGUUGUUUGGUGCUCUGUGAAUUACUAUGGCGCAGUCUUUGUUUAUUAUCUUUAUGCUCAUGCUCUCCGCUGGUUUUGCGAGGCAUUUUAUCAAAGGGAGACCAAAGUGUUACCAACAGGUGCCCAGGAGACCGGACUUUGGUGUACAGUGAGUUGACUGAUGAGUUGUUUUUUGGAGAUUUACUUUGGCAGUGUGUUUUCUUGUUGUAAACCACCGGAUGGAAGAACAUUUAGAGAUUUGAAUGGGUCAAAUUAUAGUCAGUUUCAAUCAGGUAAUAAAGUUAGGUUUGUUAAGUUUUAGAAAAAAGAAAUAGGCCACUUUUUUAACUAAAUACCUGUUUUGUGAUUCUAAUAAAGAAAAGAAGUAUUAAAUAUUGUCAGAUUAAAGAUGGUGGGUGUUAUUUUUUUGCCCUUUUCUAAACAAAAAAGAUCCAUUUAAGAUCUUGCAGGAACUGUAGCCCCCAUUUUUAGUCAAUUUUCAAUGAUUAGUCUCAAAGUUAAGACAAUGAGGAAAAUUUACACAGAGUUGUGCAUAUCGACUCUUUUUUUCAGUGAAUUUUUUUGUCUUCAGCUUUCUCAAGGCCUUGGCCAUCAAUGAAAUUAACCAACUUUGUCACAUGUCUGACUUAAUUUAAAGCCUUCAUUCAGAAGUUAACAGGGAUUAAUCUUGACCACAUUCCUCGGUCCCUCCUGCUUUGUGGUCUUACCUGCUGUGAUUUUGGCUUUUCCUGAGGUGUAUUUUUGAAACCUGGGAGGGGAGUCAGAGUUACCGUGAACCUGCUGCCCUUCCAGCUUCAUUGUGUUUCUAAAAUGACUGAGAACUAAAGUCUUUUGUCUCCCUCAGAACUGCAGCUCGUCCUCAUGAACUCCUGAACCUGGUUCAGCUGCCAAAGUCCUGGGACUGGAGGAAUGUCGACGGCAUCAACUACGCCAGCACCACUCGCAACCAGCACAUCCCUCAGUACUGCGGCUCCUGCUGGGCUCAUGGCAGUACCAGUGCCAUGGCAGGUUGGAUUUUCUUUCACUGAUGCUGUUUGAGAUUUGAAAUAGUGCCCAAAAAAAUCUACAAUGCUUGGUAAAGCACAAAACACUUUAAAAUAAAACUCUCUAAGUCUUAAAAUAAUCCAGUUUGUUCCUAAAAAGGUCUCCUCUGUUGGCCUGUUGAUUCAAUUGAAGUUCUUAGAUUUUCAGGCAGCUUUUAACCAAAAUUUGGGUCUUUUGUGAUUUAAUUUGAGAGAAUACUAUAAAUGACUUUAAAGUAAAAGCAAAGUAACAAGAUUAAUCAAGUUGUCUGCAUAAAACACAAGUUGGCAAAGUUUGGGUCAGUGAGCCUGUUGCUCAAACUUGCAUUUGUGUAAUUUAAACACUGUUCCAGAUCAGGGGGUGGGGAGUCAGAAAGGCAGUUCUCAUUUCAUACAAUUGAAGAUGAAUUUAAAAGACCAAAAAUAGACUUUGGACUUUUUAAAAUGUACUCUGGUACUCUGGCAUACAAACAUGGUAUUAAAUAGCAAAGGAUACACUUCAGACAUGUAAAAAAUAAUUUAAUUUGACCUUUUUAAGUGAAGUUGAUACUAACUUUUUUCCACACUAACAACUGAUUUCUUUGGAGGAUGAAAAGAGACUGAAUGAAAUACAUCAAUACAUCUUUAAAUGAAUACUUAAAUAUAUCAUUAAUUAAUUUAAAAUGGGAAUGAAAUAAACGUCAUUAAUUUAUUAAAAUACCAGUUCAAUGUUAAAACAUAUAUAAUUAUUUCAUGGACCUGUGUUGCAGUGCUUCAUGAAUUUAUUUUAUCUGUCAAACUCACCCAUCAAAGUCAGUGGGCGGAUCCUAACACCUGAUUGGUUACCCGGCAAGAUCAAGACAGAUCAACUCCAGAUAAUGGAUUGAUGCAGCUACAUUACAGUCAAUAUCUUGGGUGGAAAGUGUGGAAUUAGGGCUGGACGAUAUGGCCUCAAAUCAAUAUCAUGAUAUAUUUACAGUUUGUUCACCCCCUCCUACAUUAACUUCGUCUACUUCAGCCGCCGCUACAACUUUUGAACCGUCCUCCAUCUCCUCACCUGUCUUUCCCUCUUUGUUACGGACUGGAUGGGGUGGGGUCACGUCUCUGACGUAGGACAGCAUCUUAAAGAGACAUGAGACCACAGCCUACCCACACACAUCCAAAACCAACUUUUAUUUAUUUAUUUUGACACCAAAUAUACCAAUAUGGGCAAAAUGACGUCGGUUAUUGUCGUAAAUUUUGGUAUUGGUAAAUUUUCGGUUUAUCGCCCAGCUCCAGCGGAAAUAACUCCAAAAAUGUCUCCUUUUGUCCUCCAUAUAUUCCAGGACAUGGCUAUUUAACAACUUAUCUGUCCUAUCUUCAAAUAUUUUACAGCAGCAGUUUAUAGAGUGCUGCUGUAGUCGAUGCACCAUCAAAAUCUUGAUUUUAGAGAAGUCAAAAUGGUUAGCAAUUUUUUCCCCUCAGUUUGGAAAUCACUAGUUUACUUGAGCUUGUGAGUCCAUAUCUGAUUAUAACCUUGUUUGAUUAUAUCAGUUUUCUGGUUCUGAUGAUACUUAACAAAAUAAAUCAACUCCUGAGUGUUUCACUGCCAUCCAAGAAAAACCUUGGAGGAUGUCUGCUAAUAAGACUUAAUGACCAUCUUUCUUAAACUUCGAGUUUUGAAAUAUUUCUACAUGAUUGACACAAACUGAUCAAACUGCCUAAACAUGUAAAAGCUCAUUAGUUCUCAUCAUGCUUUAACCAAACCCUGCAGUCUUUCCAUUGAACGCACGGUUCUGGUACACCAGUUUCGUCAUCUGAAUUUGGAGCUCAACCAUUUGGACACUGAGACGCUGGAGGGAACCGUCUUUGCUCAAGAAUAGCAUACAAAUUAAAUCUUGAGACAAAAUAACAGAUGGGCUCCUUUUUUUAAUGAUAUCAAAUCAUUGGAGAUCUCAGCAAAGCUUUUUCAAAAUAACAUUUUUCUGGAACUCUCUUUUGCCUCGUGUAGAUCGUAUCAACAUUAAGCGGAAAGGAGCGUGGCCAUCUGCUUAUCUAUCCGUCCAACAUGUGGUCGACUGCUCCGGGUCUGGUACCUGUCACGGUGGAGAUCACGGAGGUGUGUGGGAGUAUGCCCACAAACAUGGCAUCCCUGAUGAGACCUGCAACAACUACCAGGCGAUCGACCAAAGUGAGAACCGUGUACACUGUUGGAUCUAUUCAGUUUUUAUCUAUGAGCCUUUUUUAAUUAAAAUGUUCCGUUCUCUCAGAGUGCGAACCAUUCAACGCCUGUGGGACCUGCAUGACGUUUGGGGUUUGCAACAUUGUGCAGAACUACACUCUGUGGAAAGUGGGCGAUUUCGGAGCCAUUAGUGGACGUGAUGCGAUGAUGACAGAAAUCUUCACUGGCGGGCCAAUAAGGUGAGAUAGAUGGAUAGAUACUUUAUUGAUCCCGAGGGAAAUUUCAGGUUUAUUGUUGCACUUGAAAUGUUUAUUUUUUUUCAAUUCCCAUUUGACUUUAAUUUCCUCUGUCUCUCCCCUCAGCUGUGGAAUCAUGGCCACAGAGAAACUGGAUGCGUACACUGGGGGUCUUUACUCUGAGAAAGUUGAGUCUCUUGAAAUAAACCACAUCGUUACAGUCUCAGGCUGGGGAGUCGAAAACGGCACAGAGUACUGGAUUGUGCGCAACUCUUGGGGAGAGCCAUGGGUGAGUGCACGCUAGCUUCAUCAUCUGCCAUUUGCCCCUGCAUUCAUGCUCAAGGUGGGCAGCUUGAAUGGUAUUAUGGCGUGUUCAAGGUUUGCAAAUAUGUUUUCUAAAGGGAGUAUAAUCUUCUGCACCAUUUCUUUUAAAGAUCAUGCAUGGUGAAAAUCCAACAGGCAUGAGUAUCCUAUAGUGAUGCAUUACUGUGGUAAAACAAUGGCGAACAUUAGCAUUUAACCACCCCCUGGCUUGGCUGGUAUUAACAAAGCAUGCACACCUAUCAUCAUUUUAAAGUAUCAUUCAACCACUUCUUGGGUAACUGUUAAAUUAGCAGGGAAGCUAAAUGCCAAUAUUAACACUUGUGCGAUUAAUGGAUCAUAAGAUGUUUUGCCGUCAUAUUUGGCUCAAUGACCCUCUUAAUUUUCUCUAAUUGCCUCUCAGUUGCUAAAAAAAAGUUGCAGUACAAUUCUAAACUUGAAACCUUGAAGACACAGCAGUGUUGGUUUUGUUAAUCUUAAACUAUGAUGAAUUAUCGACAGUGACCUUUUCUCUAUAACGAGAUGACGUUGACCUAAAAAACAAACAUUGUUGAACAGCUGCUUUGUGGAUACAGUCCUUUGUCUUUUUGCAUGGCUUUGAUUUUUAACGCUAAUGUGCAAAAAUCGAACAAGUGUUCCCUGUGAUCCUCAUGACCCUGAUUCAUUUUCCCUCUCUAGGGAGAGAGAGGCUGGCUCAGGAUUGUGACGAGCGCCUACAAAGGAGGAAGUGGAAGCACGUUUAACCUUGCUCUGGAGGAGGACUGUAUGUAUGGUGAUGUGAUUGUACCUGCAAAUUACUGAUAACAACCCCUCGUCCUCUGGUGCCUGAGCUGACCCUGCUCACAGCCUCGGUGGCGCAGCCAACUUAGUUGACUGUCAAUUUUAAGAAAACAAGUCGGUUAAAUUAACUUCACUGUGCGCAUUUAAGGAAAAGAGGAAUCUAUUGUAGAUCUUGUAGUUCCCCAAAAUAAAGCCUUUAGACAAAGUG